ACACAAAAGAUGUGCAGCAAAUUGCUAGUGUUUGCAGCGUGCGUGUCGCUGGUCGCAGCAAGACCGGACAUCGGAUUGAAGAUCAGGGAGGGCGGCAUUCCUGCAGGAAGUUACCUACCUCAACAGGGCGCUCCGUCGUACGCUCCAAGUCAACAAGUCAACUUUGCCUCCACCAGUUACGGAGUUCCAUCCGGUUUCCCGCAUUACACUGGAUUCGUUCCUCCGCAACAUUACCGCAAGCAAAGCGCUUACUUCUUCGACGCUCCCGAGGAUCUGGGUCAAACACAUGUGAGGGUUCACGUGCAACCGUCCGCAGCCGCAGGCGACAAAACCAUCUACAUCAGAGCUCCAGCCUACAACUCAAGGAUCAUCCCACACUUCAACAUCGCUCAACAGCAGCAGCCUGCUGGCAAGACAAAGGUUUACGUCUUGGUGAAGAAACCGGAAGAGCAGCAGGAUAUUGUUGUUCCUGCUGGAGUGCAAGCACCGGCCGCCGAACCAGAGGUCGUCUUCGUCAAGUACAGGAAUCAGAAGGAGGCAGAAGAGAAGUUGAAGAGUAUCCAGGACGGUUCGAUCGGCGGUGACAGCGCCAAAGUCGUCGGUAAUCACCAGGACUUGGUGCACUCGAUCGAAGAUCCGAAGAUCGACGUGAGAUUCGGCUCUCCUGCGUACGACAACAAUGUGGCCGUCAGCGCACCGAAUCGCGUCCAAGAGAAACCGACCGCCAAUUAUGGACCAGCAGGAAUCAGCGGUCCUUACUAG